AUGGUGCUGGGCAAGCAGGGUAGCAGAUGUGUCCUGGAGGAAGGGGUGGGGCAGGCUGAGUUAAGCAAGUCUGAAGGGGUGAGGUCUAGCUUUUCCGGCCAGCUGCCCCAACCGCAGAAGUCCAGGCUGGCCCAGAAGUACCAGAUGUCAGCAGUGCCACUGACAGCAAAGGAGGAGCCUGGGACAACAGCCACACCCCAGCUGUUGUCUGAAGAGGACCUGCCUUGGGAUGCUGACCUAUACCAGAACUCUUGCAGAGGAGAUUUUUGGCAAUCAAAGCCUCCCUCGGUGAGUGACACUGCGGAGCUCCCGUUCCUGCAUCCCAUGCCGCAGGAGCAGGCAGUGAGUGUGAAGCACAUGGAGGAUCCGAAGGAAAAGGUGGAGUGGAAGGUGGCAGAAAUGAAGCAGAAGUGCAAGCAGAAGCACAAGCAGACAGACGACGGGAAACCCAAGGAGAAGACACAUCCCAAGGACCCUGCCCCGCUGCGGCAGUGCUUGGGCCCUGGCUGUGUCUAUCCCACCCGGCCAGGCUCCAAGUACUGCUCAGAUGACUGUGGCAUGAAGCUGGCAGCUGACCGCAUCCGUGAGAUCCUGCCCCAGCGCAUCCAGCAGUGGCAGACAAGCCCCUGCAUUGCUAAUGAGCAUGGCAAGAAAAUGCUCGAACGCAUCCACCGUGAGCAGCAGGACACCUUCACCCGCCUGAAGGUUUUGGAGUGCCAGUUCCAUGAACUUGAGGCCAUCAUUCUUCGUGGCAAGCAACAGGCUGUGUGCAAGGAUGAGGAGAGCAAGAAAGGUGACAAGGACAGAGUAGACCUGAAGAUCUUCUGUGUCUCCUGUGGGCAACCCAUCAAUAUGCGCAUGGCCCUGCGCCACAUGGAGCGCUGUUUUGCCAAGUAUGAGUGCCAGUCGUCCUUCGGGUCCCUGUACCCUACUUGCAUUGAGGGGACCACUCGGCUCUUCUGUGAUGUCUACGACCCACAGAGCAAGAGGUACUGCAAGCGGCUUCAAGUGCUGUGCCCUGAGCACUCUCGGGACCCCAAGGUACCAAAUGAUGAGGUGUGCGGCUGCCCACUAGUGCACAAUGUCUUUGAGUUCACGGGUAAUUUCUGUUGCCUCCCCAAACGCCUGUGUGACCGCCACUUCUGCUGGGAGAAGCUGCGGCGUGCUGAGGUGGACCUGGAGCGCGUGCGCGCGUUGCACAAGCUGGAAGAGCUGUUUGAGCAGGAGCACAAGGUACGCACUGCUAUGACCAACCGGGCAGGGCUGCUGGCCCUGAUGCUUCACCAGACGACACAGCACGACCCAUUCACCGCUGACCUGCGCUCCAGGCCAGAGAGCUGA